GCCUCGCGUUCGGACGACCCACGACGCUGCUGCUGUCCUCUGAAGCAGGCCCCUCUUCUGACGUUGACACGGGCGACGUUCUGGACGUUGAUGAAUGGGGUACUGGAGACGACGAACGGGAGUUUCAGGAUGACGACGAAGUGGAAAUCUUGGAGGACGUUACGGAGCAAAGCGCAGUGCUAACCAACCCUGGCGACGCGUCCGCCCGACGUGCGAACGAGGAUUUAGUGCUUACAUGGUAGGAUAUCCAUAGCCACGUCCAGACAUGCCUGAAUGCGAAACCUACGCGUCCACCUCUAGACAAUGGGAGCAACGCGUUUGCAGUGUUAAUGUCUUCACAUAAGGAGAACGAAGCAUGGAAGGAAGCUACGACCAUGGAAGAUCGCACCUUCCGGCCUAAUAACAGCAAUGGCGGUCGAAGGAAAGCGCCCUUUUACAAGGUUUUGCAAGGCAUGCCCAUCGCAGUGGAUGCAUUCAAGUAUGGCCCUAUUCCAGGGGUCACUGCAUACUUUUUAACGCACGCUCACUCGGACCAUUAUACCAACUUGUCGUCCUCUUGGACAAAUGGGCCCAUCUACUGCUCCGAAGGAACCGCAAAUCUUAUAAUGCAUAUGCUCAGGGUGCCUAAGAACUGGGUGCAUCCUCUUCCCAUGGAUAAACCGACUGUCAUCCCCAAUACAGGCGGUGUACAGGUUACCCUCAUUGAAGCGAACCAUUGCCCUGGGUCUUCCCUUUUCUUUUUCGAAGGCAGACAGACUGCCAAUGCUGGAGAUAGCACCUUCAAAUCCGUCUUUGUAGGAAGUUCAAGAGUUUUUCGGUACUUGCACUGUGGCGAUUUUCGCGCAUCGCCAAGACACGUUUUGCAUCCUGCGGUGAAAGGGAAGCGGAUAGAUCAUGUAUAUCUGGAUACAACAUACUUGGAUCCUAAGUAUACAUUUCCUCCCCAGCCUCUGGUUAUCUCGGCGUGUGCUGAGCUUGCAAAGCACAUAGUCAAUGGAUCUGUCGUCAAGGACAAGGGUGCUAGAAUGAAUGGUUGGUUAAAUCCUGCUCCUCCCAAGGAAACAGGGAAGCAGAAAUCAGACCGGAUCCUAAUGGUUGUUGGCACGUACUCCAUUGGCAAGGAACGAAUUGUUAAAGCUAUGGCCCAGGCACUGCAAACCAAGGUGUACUGUGAUGCCCGCAAAGCAGCUAUCCUUCGCUGUCAAUGUGAUCCAGAGCUACAUUCAUUGCUGACUUCAAAUCCCCUUGAUGCCCUUGUCCAUCUCGUUCCUCUUGGUGUCAUAACAUCAGAUCGACUGAAGGAGUACGUUGAACGAUUUAAAGGACAUUUCAGCCGAGCUGUAGGAUUCAGACCUACCGGAUGGACAUACACACCACCUGCCGGGAUGGACUUAAUGCCGUCUGUCUCGACCGUCAUAGCACGCUCGCAGAAGAACUUAUUCACACAUGCCGACCUGGUUCCAGCACGUAAUUCUACCAGUGCGCUGCAGUUAUAUAUGGUCCCAUACUCAGAGCACUCUAGCUUCUCUGAGCUAACGUGUUUUGCCAUGUCAUUUCAAUGGACCAAAAUGAUAGCUACUGUCAAUGUAGGCAGUGAAAACUCUCGGCAGAAGAUGGCAAAAUGGGUGCAGAAAUGGGAAGCGGAGAGGAAGAAAAAGGGGAGUAAUUAUGUGGUAGAUUAUCGGCAGCCGGAUUACUGGUAAAAUAUCAUGUAAU